ACGAAAUUUCCAAUAGUACCCUUCGUUCCCACAUGUUUCCCUAUUUUCUUCCCAGAAAAACCAGAUCCACCCAACCUCCUUCCUCCUCUUUCUUCUGUUCCCGAAGAACACAACAAACCAACGAAUCUAUGUUGGACAUGUCGGAAUCUUUACUAACGGCGAUGUACAGUUGGUUCACACCGACAGUACUCUUCGUCUUCCUCAACCUAAUGAUUGGUACCAUUGCAAUUAGCUCCUCUUUAUCUUCCAAAUCAAACGAUCCAAAUCAAACUCAGAUCCAACGCUCUCCUUCCGUUAUUCACCGUCUCAAAUCCAUAAACUUCUCCUCCUUCACUUCACCAGACAAAUCUCAUCUCGAGUUUCCUUCUUCGACAACUUCUGACAAUAACAUCAACAACAACAACGAACUCGCUUCGAUCGAACAGAAUCAGCCUUUUCUCUCUAGAUCUCCUUCUGUUCUUCACCGAAUCAAGUCUUUCAAUCUAUACAACUACAUUUCUCAAGAACCCACCACCGUCGCUGAAUCUCCGCCGCCAACGGUGACCGUCAACGCAAAACAAGAAGAAGAACUAGUAGAAGAAGAAGAGACAAGCCCGAGUCUUGAAGAGGUUUACAGUAAGCUGAAUCUGAACCACGUGGCUCGGACGAAAUCUGACACCGAGCCAGCUGCAGGAAUCAUCCCACCGAAACUUCCCAAGAAGAUGAAGAAAUCAGCGAGUACCAAAUCUCCUUUCUCUCACUUCGUGGAAGACGAAAUCUCUGUCGAGGCUCGUCGGCCGGAGACUGUUAGAGUGACGAAAGUGACGACGGUUGAAGAAGCUGAUGAAGAAGUUGACGCGAAGGCUGAUGAUUUCAUCAAUCGUUUCAAGCAUCAAUUGAAGUUGCAGAGGAUCGAUUCAAUCGCUAAGUACAAGGGGAUGGUGAAGAAAAGAAACGACAAGUGAAAAUUGAAAGCAAAAAACAAACAAACAAACAAAACUUAUGGGUUUGUUUCUUAAUUAUGUAUUAAUUUGUGGACUUGUUUUUUGAAAAUUCUUAAUUUUGUUAGGAUUUCGUCUUCCUCGACUGCAAGUUUCACUGUAUAUUUUUCCACGGAACUGUUUCCUUUUUCUUCCUGACGAGAUAAAAAAUUGCGAAAAAAUUUCUA